AUGGAUAGCUCAGCCAGUAAAGCAGACAGAUCGAAAGUUGAUGAUAUAACAAUCAAACAUGGAAUUCUCCUUAAAGGCACUCUGGCCAAAGGAACAUUCUCCCAAGUCUAUGUGGGUGUCUGUGAUGGUAAAGAAUGGGCUGUGAAAGUCAUCAAAUCAAACCGUUUAACACCAACAACCACCAGAUUUUUGAAAAGAGAGAUAGAGAUCUGUAAGCUUAUGAAUCACCCUUGUCUCGUCAAAACUCAUAAGAUUGUGGAACAUAAAAAUCGCGUAAUGUUUGUCCAAGAGUUUUGUGAGAAUGGCUCUUUGCUUGAAAGAGUUCAAACUGAAACGUACUCAGAAACUGAUGCGAAAAUUCCAUUCCGACAACUAAUUGAAGGAGUUGGCUACCUUCAUCAACAAAACAUCAUUCACAGAGAUCUGAAAUGUGAGAACAUACUUCUUGACAGAGAAGAAAACAUUAAAAUAGGAGAUUUCGGGUUUGCUCGAUUUGUUCAGGAUAAUGAAGAGUGUUCAUCUUUCUGUGGCAGUAGAGCUUACUGUUGUCCUGAAGUUCUCAUGAACGAGAAGUAUGAUGGUAAGAAGGCUGAUAUGUGGGCUUGUGGAGCCAUCCUAUUCAUAAUGGUUGUUGGAGAAAUGCCUUUUAUCGACGAUUCAAACAUCAUUGAGCAACAGAAAUCAAACAAAUUACAAUUUCCUCGUAAAAAUGAGUUAACAAAGCCUUUAAAGUUACUCAUAAGUUCAAUGUUGAAUUCAAACAGAGAGAAGAGACCAAACUGUAAAGACGUCAGUUGCCAUAUUUGGCUAAAAAUCAUGCAAUCCUCAAUUGUUGUCUUGGUCUUAGCAGUCAUCUGCAUGGCUUUCGCCCAACAGUACAACCCUCAACAACCCAGCAACUUCGUACCUCAGCAGCAGGCUCCAGCUCCACAGAACAACCUUCCAAUGAGAUUCAGCCAAUACAACACCGGAUAUGGAAACACAUACAGCAACACUGGUUAUGGACAGAACAGUUAUGGACAAACUUACACACAACAACCAAGUUAUUCAAACAACGGAUACUCAAACAACGGAUACACCACCAAUGGAUACAAUACCCAAUACGGAUCCACCACUUCUCCUUUCGGUAACAACAGAAUGUUCGAUCCCCUUUACAACGGAAUCUCAACUGUCUCAUCUAUCGUGGCUUUGACCGCCACCUUCGUUGCUUUCGCUCUAUAA